CUUUCAGAGAGAGCAUAUUCACCUCGUGUGACCACAGACAGCCAGCUGGACAGUCUUCGGACUCAGUGUAAGAAGAGAAAUGGAAAACAGUCAGUCCACAACCGGUGACACCAAGCUGGACCAGGCUAUCAGGCAGUGGCUGCAGUAUGACAAGAACCCAAAGACAGUGUCCAUCGUGGAGGAUCUGUUGAAGGAUAAAAAAGUGGAGACCCUGAAGAAAUGUUUCUCCUCCAGGAUGGAGUUUGGUACCGCAGGUCUGAGGGCAGCCAUGGGCCCCGGCAUAUCCUGUAUGAAUGACCUCACUAUCAUCCAGACCACACAGGGUUUCUGUCACUACCUGGAGGAGAGCUUUCAGAACCUAAAGGAGCGAGGGGUGGUGAUUGGGUAUGACGCCCGGGCCCAUCCUCCCAGUGGGGGCAGCAGCAAGCGAUUCGCUAGCCUGGCUGCAGCUGUAUUCAUCAGCCGAGGGGUGCCUGUCCACCUCUUCUCUGACAUCACCCCUACACCUUUUGUGCCUUUCACAGUUUCCCACCUGGGUCUGUCUGCUGGUAUCAUGGUGACUGCCUCUCACAAUCCCAAACAGGACAAUGGGUACAAGGUUUAUUGGGAGAACGGUGCCCAGAUUGUGUCCCCUCAUGACAAAGGCAUCGCCAAGGCCAUAGAGGACAACCUGGAGCCUUGGCCUGAGUCCUGGAACACAGUGGAGGCCCUGAAGAGUCCCUUGCUCAAAGACCCCUACCAAGACAUCCACACACAAUACUUCAAAGCCAUCCAGAAACACUGUCACCACAGGGAGAUAAACAAGAAGUCAGAGGUGAAAGUUGUGCAUACGUCUGUGCACGGAGUUGGCCACGCAUUUGUUCAGUCAGCUUUCAAGGCCUUUGACCUUCAACCUCCAUAUGCUGUAGAGGAGCAGAAAGAUCCAGAUCCCGAAUUCCCCACCGUCAAAUAUCCCAAUCCUGAGGAGGGAGAGGGAGUCCUGACACUGUCGUUCGCCCUUGCAGAGAAGGAGGGGGCCACUGUGGUGUUGGCGAAUGACCCAGAUGCUGAUCGACUGGCUAUCGCUGAGAAACAGGAGAGUGGACAGUGGCGAGUGUUCAGCGGUAAUGAGUUGGGAGCGUUGCUUGGCUGGUGGAUGUUCCGCUGCUGGAAACAGCAGAACUCUGACGCUGCUGCUUUGAAAAACCUUUACAUGCUGUCAAGCACUGUCUCAUCCAAGAUACUGCGUGCCAUCGCCCUGAAGGAAGGCUUCCACUUUGAGGAAACACUAACAGGGUUCAAGUGGAUGGGGAACAGAGCCAGAGACCUUUUGGAUCAAGGCAAGACUGUUCUGUUUGCCUUUGAGGAGGCCAUAGGGUAUAUGUGCAGUCCCUAUGUAUUGGACAAGGACGGGGUGAGCGCUGCAGCCAUAGCAGGAGAGAUGAUUUCUUAUCUGGCCACUAAAAAGACAAGCCUUUCUCAGCAACUCACUGCCAUCUUUGUAGAGUACGGCUACCACAUCAGUAAGAACUCAUACUUCAUUUGCCAUGACCAGGAUGUGAUCCGCAGUCUGUUUGAGCGUCUGCGCAACUACGGUGGCCAGAAGGACUCAUACCCAACUAAAUGUGGUCGGUUCUCCAUCUCUGCUGUACGAGACUUGACCACUGGCUACGACAACAACCAACCUGAUAAAAAGGCUGUUCUUCCCACUUCCAGUUCCAGUCAGAUGAUUACAUUUACCUUCUCUAAUGGCGGCGUGGCGACUAUGAGGACCAGCGGCACCGAGCCAAAAAUCAAAUACUACACUGAACUCUGUGCUGCGCCUGGUAACAGUGAUGUGACACACCUGAAGAAGGAACUGGAUGACUUGGUCGAUGCAAUCAUUGAAAACUUCUUUGAGCCAAAGAAGAAUAAUCUGCAGCCUAAACCAGAGUAGAACUGAUCUUUAUAAUUGCAGACAGACAUAUAAACAGGACCAGUUGUGACUAAUAUCUCUGACCAGCAUGUCAUAUAAUGUCUUAAAUACAUCAGAAGGGAUCUAACUCUUAAUUUGAACAAUCUGCAGGUUAAUUGAAAUCUCUAAUCCUUAUUCUGAGUUAGUUAAACCAUCCAUCCGGUUUGGAGCUUUAAUUUUUGGGUCCAGUGCCAGUUUUACAUUAAACAAUCACAACACAUCACAGCUACAUGUUUUGUUUACAGUUGAUCUCAACGCUGGAUAUUGUAACAUCACAACUGUGAAAUAUUCAGCAUUCCCAACUACAGUCAUUCCUGCUUCCUGAGAAUAGCGAUAGAUACACAUAUUAAUGUAUUUAUGUAUGUAACAGUCAUUCAUUCCACAGUGUGCUUCAGCAACGGCUGCAGGGCUGCUAAUACCAAGAGUGUAAAUGAAAACUUAUAUUGUAACUUUCAAUUAAUGGUUGUUGUAUACUCCUGUUAAACCUUGAAUAUGAAUAUAUUUGAUUAUCUAAAUUUAUAUUGAGGUAUAGCAUUUCAAGUGACAAUAGAAAGAAGAUUAAUUCAAAACAUGAUGUGAAAAACUACAAUUUUACAGUUUGAAAAAUGAUGAAACCUAAAAGCUGAUAGCCCCACUAAGUGGAGAAAUUGUACAUGAAUCUUUCAAAUGUACCCACUGUUCAUUCUUUGAAAUGAAUAGUUAAAACUUAAAGGGACUCUUCACACCAUCAUGUAAUGUACAACUAACCACCCUUUUUUAAGUGAUCAUGAAUGACUGUUCCAGAAAUGGGUAAUUAGAAGCUCACCUUUCCUGAUGUGCCUCUUAAUCAAAGAUACUGUGCAAAAAAUAUGUUUUCAAUAAAUGAAGCUU